CCAUUACUUUCUCUCUUUGUUUCCUCUCUGAAGAAGACGUCAAUGACAUUAGAGACUGCAGCACGCAGCGCGGCGCCACCUCAGAGAGUCUGGGUGUGGACGCCCCUGGCUCCUCCCACAUGUCAAGUCACAGCGGGGAGCUGCGGAUCCUGAGCGUUUACGGACAAGGGGAGGGCCCACUGGCGGUGGCUGGUUGGUGGAAGGUUUCUCCCAACAAUGCCAAUAUGAUCGUACACAUGAGGACCCGACCAGACGAGAAGCCGUACGGGUGUGACCAAUGCACGAAGAGCUUCAGUCUAAGUGAACACCUGAAGGGCCACAUGAAGACUCACACCGGGGAGAAACCCUACAGCUGUGACCAUUUCAAAAAGCGCUUCGCUCGGCAUGGCGACCUGAACGUCCACAUGAGGACUCACUCCGGCGAGAAGCCCUACAGGUGUGACCAAUGCCCGAAGCGCUUCAGUCAAACAAGCCACCUGAAGAGCCACAUGAUGACUCACUCCGGCGAGAUGCCCUACAAGUGUGACCAAUGCACGAAGCGCUUCAGUUGGACAAGCAGCCUGAAGACCCACAUGAGGACUCACUCCGGCGAGAUGCCCUACAAGUGUGACCAAUGCACGAAGCGCUUCAGUCAUGGCGGCAACCUGAAGAAGCACCUGAGGACUCACACCGGCGAGAAGCCCUACAAGUGUGACCAAUGCACGAAGCGCUUCAGUGUGAAAGGCAACCUGAAGAUCCACAAGAGGACUCACUCCGGUUAGAAGCCCUACAAGUGUGACCAAUGCACGAUGCGCUUCAGUCAGCAAGGCACCCUGAAGAUCCACAUGAGGACUCACUCCGGUUAGAAGCCCUGCCUGUUAGUGCAUUGCAACGCCAGCUACAGCGACCCAAGCAAUUUGAGUGUGCACAUGCUUAAGCACACGGGCAAUGGGGUGCUUUCACACAGGGUAACGGGGCGCUUUGAUUGAGAGCUCUGUCCGGUAUUUGUCGAAAUUAAUGCUUUUAGUUUUUCUUUUUAUCAGGAUUAAACACUU